UCCAAAUAUGACCGUCCUACACCUAUAUAUAAAAUAAUGAAUAAGCUUAGAUGCUAUCUCCCUUCCCCCUCCGAGUGGUCCUUCUUGAAAACUUUCAACAAAUCUUUGCAAGAAUUUCAACCUCUCUUUCCUUUUACAUUGCAAUUUUCAUACUUUAUCCUUUCACUCGUUUGGUUUGGAUUUGCUUUCCUUGAGACAACUUAUUGAGUCAUUUUCUUUGAUGUUUGUUUAAGUGAGGUUAUUAGCCUUAAUCUUGAAAUUAAGGCAACGGCUGAGUGUUCAGAGCUCAAGAAUGGAUUCUCAUGUGGAGAAGGUCUAUGUGAUUCUUGGGAAUGAUUUACAAGAUGGAUUCAAGACUCUGGAUUGGGCACUUAGGAAAUGGAAACCCAAUCCAUUCUCUAUAGUCAUUCUUCAUGUGACUUGCAACAUUUCCAAGGACUUCGUUUACACCCCAUUUGGGAAGCUCCCUGCAAAUUCUGUGAGUGAAGAAAAGCUGCUAGUUCUUAGGAAGUAUGAGCAAGAAAAGAUAGAGAAAUUAAUCUCCAAGUACAUAUCUUUCUGUGGGAAGGUAAAGGCUGAAAUCUUGAAAGUAGAAAAAUCUGAUGAACCCAUUCAUAAAGUCAUAGUAGAUUUGAUCUCAAGACUCAAGAUAACCAAAUUGGUCAUGGGAUUAACAUUCAUGAAGUCUUCAUCAUGGAAAUCAAAGAAUGCAAUCAGUGGAUCAUUCUACAUCCACCAGCAUAAACCAAAUUUUUGCGAGUUCUUCAUAAUAUGUGGAGGGAAGUUGGUAUUGCUUAGAGGAGAAAGUGAAGAAGCAAUCAUGGAGGAUGAUCAAGGAGUCAAUGUUGCAAAAAGGGGUAAUAUAAAAACUUGGCUAGGAAAAAUGUUCACAGAAGGAAGAAAUUCUAGCCGCAUGUCUGCCUCAUCAAAAUGCCUAGAAUCAAAAAAUUCACAAAAUCAGUGGGAAAAUUGUGCCUUAGAGAUUCAUAAUUAUUAUGAGCAUUUGUUGUCUUUGAAUUUGGAUGAAGAGAUUUGCGAGGAAGAGAAUGAAAUUUUGCAGGCUGGUCCAUUGGAAGCAGUUGUGCAAGAUCCCACUGAUUCUACCAUGAGUGUGGCUUCGAAAAUGGAAGUCAUGAGAAGUAAAAUAGAUGACGCACAGAAAAUAAUCCAGUUGAAAAAGGAAGAGGCUAAGCUCAAUGCAGAAAGGUCUGCAAAAGCUGAAUGGGUUUUGAGUGUAUGCAAUAGCAGGGUGGAGGAGCUUGAAGCCAAGAUAAGAGAAGAGGUCACGACUCAAAUAGAGAUAAAGAAAUCAUUGGAUAAUGAGAAAGAGCAAAUUCAAGAAAUUAUGAGUGAUAUUGCAGAAAACGAGAAUAGAUUAAACUCACUUCUUGAACUCAAAUCAGAGCUCUCCAACAAGCUCCAGUUAUCAACUUUGGCAAGAUCACAUGGAGAAGCUCAACUAGAGAAGGCAGUCCUUGCAAGAGCAGAAAUGGUGAGGGAGAUCGAAGAGCUAAGGCAACAAAGAGACGUUCUUCAACGUAGAAUUGAGUUUUGUAAAGAAAAAGAUGCAAUAGGAAUGGUAACAAAGCAUAACGAGAUAACUUGUGGCUACAGGGAGUAUACUGCAGAGGAUAUUAGAUUAGCAACAGAUGGUUUUUCAGAGAGUCUGAGAUUAAAAUCCAAUGGUGAUUGGACCAAUGUAUAUCGAGGACGUAUUCAUAAUUCAACUGUUGCAAUCAAAAUCCUCAAUUCUGAGACAGGAUUCUCCAGGGAAGAUUUUCUAGACAAGGUUAAGUUCCUGAAUAACAUUAGGCACCCUCAUUUGGUUGCCAUGGUGGGUUUCUGCUCCGAGCAAAAAUGCAUCAUUUUUGAAUACCUGCACAACGGUGGCCUAAGGGAGAUCUUGUUUUCCUCUGAAAGAAACAAUAAGAAAAGAGACCGGGUCCUCCGGUGGCGAGAUCGAAUCCGAAUAGCCCACGAGGUUUGUUCAGGUCUAGCCUUUCUACACUCGGCUAAGCCUAGGCCCAUUGUUCAUGGUCACUUGACCGCAUCCAACAUCCUCCUGGACCGCAAUCUAGUUGCUAAGAUAAGUGGGUUUGGGCUGAGCCAAUGCUACAAUGAAAAUUACGAUAUGCAUCCCGAUAUUCGAGCUUUUGGAGUUCUGUUAUUGCAUCUUCUGACUGGUAGAAAUUGGGCUGGGCCUUUGGAAGAUGCAAAAAUGGAUCGGUCGACCCUUGCUGGGGUUCUGGAUGAGAGGGCAGGACAAUGGCCGUUGGAUUUGGCUGAGGAACUCGUUGGGAUAGCAAUGAAGUGCAUGCCCUGUAACCUUAGGUCUGAUACAGAUUUCAGUAUAGCAACAGUAAUGGAAGAGCUUGAUAGGGCAAGGAAAAGGGCUGAUGAGACAGUUGCUAGAGGUAGAUGUGAGUCUUUUGUUAAAGGAGGUGUUGACAAAGAAGAGUCCAAUGAAGUACCUAGCAUUUUCGUCUGCCCUAUAUUGCAGGACGUAAUGAAGAACCCACAUGUAGCAGCAGAUGGAUUUUCUUACGAGUUAGAAGCAAUAGAGGAAUGGCUGGGGACGGGACACGAUACUUCACCAAUGACAAACUUAAGGCUUAAGCACAAAUUCCUAACCCCUAAUCACACUCUUCGUUCCCUCAUCCAAGAAUGGCACAACAGGAAAUCCAAUGUGACCUCAUGAUAUGAUGACGAUGAUGAUGCAUUUGUUUUGCAGAUUACAAAUCAUAAUAAUAAACUUCAUAAUUCUUUGUUUCUUUUCAACAUGCAAGAAAAACAGCAGGGUUUAUAGCUACAAAGCUGUAGUUUGUGCAGGUUCAAGAUUUAUUUUGUAAAAAUUUAUUGAUAUCAACAUAAUUUAACACCCCUUUUAUCAGAA